AAAAAAAUCAAAAAAAGGAAAUUUUAAUAAUCCAAAUUCUAAAAUAAUUAAAAAAUACUUAAUUAAUUUUAAAAUAAAAACUAAUACAUGAUAAGUGAGUGAUAAGUUUUUUUGUUAUAAAGUUGUGUACUAUAGUAUGAUAAGAAGAGACGAUAAAUGCGGCUUUAAUGUACUGACAAUACUAGAAUGGCAGAAGCAUGCCAGCCAAAAGAAAAUAAUUCAUUCGAAGCCAUUUGCAGCAGCGACAAAUGUCACCCAGACGAAAUCUCGAAACAAGACUGCAGUACCAGCCCUAGUCCUACCGAAACCGUUUGCAUUCUAGACAGUACCGAAAAUAUAGCCGGAACGUCUCAGGAAAAUAAUAUAGACGAUGAUGUUGAUAAAACGCCAUUCUUCAACGAAUUGGGCUUGGUAGAAGAACAAUGCGGCGAUGAAAAUAGUCAGGGGCGUGAGGAUUGCGUCGAAAUACUCGUACAAUUUGUAGAUAAUCCCUGCGCCACUGCUCUCACUACUACACCGAGAAGUUCCCAAAUUAAACGCAAUGAUCCAGAUUACAUCGAGCGCAGCUUAAGGAAAAGGAAACUGGACGUGCAUAAUGGUUGUCCGAACAAAAAGGCGGUUCCUGAAGACGAUUGCAGGUCUUUCGAUGAUGACGAUGAUAAUUCAUCGAAUGAUGAUACUGAAAAUACCACAAAAAGCACACCAAAUAGCCGGUGUUGGCCCGUUAUACCCACCAAGGACAAUCCGCCACCGGAAAUGUCCAAUUGGCUAGCGCAAUUUUCGAAAUGGUCCAAUGCGGAAAGGAUUAUGGCACUGACUGAACUUAUAGAUAGAUGUGAGCCAACACAAGUCCGUCAUAUGAUGCAAGUGAUUGAGCCUCAAUUCCAAAGAGACUUUAUUUCGUUGUUACCCAAAGAACUUGCGCUGAAAGUGCUUUCGUUCCUAGAGCCGAAAGAUCUGCUUAGAGCUGCUCAAACUUGCCACAGCUGGCGCAUACUGGCUGACGAUAAUUUAUUGUGGAAAGACAAGUGUCGGGUGGCCGGAGUGGAAGAGGUUUCCAGACGGAGAGGUCCGCUGAGGACGCCCGGGCGGACCAAUCAUAUGUCACCUUGGAAGAGUGCCUAUAUGCGGUAUCAUGCCAUAGAAAUGAACUGGCGUCACAGGCCAUUGAGGACACCAAAAAUGUUAAAAGGCCAUGACGAUCAUGUAAUCACUUGUUUGCAAUUUUCAGAUAACAAAAUCGUCAGCGGCUCUGAUGACAAUACUUUAAAGGUUUGGUCGGCAGUUACGGGAAAAUGUUUACGCACCUUGGUUGGUCACACUGGCGGCGUGUGGUCGUCGCAAAUGUCCGGCAAUAUAAUAAUCAGCGGCAGCACUGAUAGGACUUUGAAAGUCUGGGACGCUGAGACGGGCAUUUGUCGGCAUACGUUGUUCGGUCAUACAUCAACGGUUAGGUGUAUGCAUUUACAUGGCAAUAAGGUUGUGAGCGGGUCGCGAGACGCGACUUUGCGCGUGUGGAACGUCGACACCGGCCAGUUUCUGCACGUGCUGGUCGGCCAUCUGGCGGCGGUACGCUGCGUGCAAUACGACGGACGCCUCGUGGUGUCCGGCGCCUACGAUUACAUGGUCAAAGUAUGGAAACCGGAAACGCAAGAGUGUCUGCACACUUUGCAAGGACACACGAAUCGAGUUUAUUCGUUACAGUUUGAUGGCGUCCAUGUAGUGAGUGGGUCUUUGGAUACCAGUAUUCGAGUGUGGGAGGUGGAAACGGGCGCUUGCAAACACACGCUGAUGGGUCACCAGUCGCUGACCUCUGGCAUGGAACUGAGAAAUAACAUUUUGGUGUCUGGCAACGCCGAUUCGACUGUCAAAGUGUGGGACAUUGUCACUGGUCAGUGUUUACAAACACUUUCAGGUGCAAGCAAACAUCAAUCAGCAGUCACCUGUCUGCAAUUCAACAGUCGUUUCGUCAUCACUUCAUCCGAUGACGGCACUGUCAAACUUUGGGACCUCAAAACAGGCGAUUUCAUCAGAAACUUAGUAUCACUAGACAGUGGUGGUUCGGGAGGUGUAGUGUGGCGUAUCAGAGCUAACGAGACAAAAUUAGUGUGCGCAGUAGGCAGUCGAAAUGGCACUGAGGAAACAAAACUGGUGGUUCUCGAUUUUGAUGUAGACAGCUGCACUUGCCCCAAUAGUGCCGCCACUGAUGUGGAUAGAUAGAACUAGUGUUUUGCGGGGUGUGUCUCGCGUCGCCAACAGUUUUGAAGUGGGUCAGUGCAGGCUGUGGUUUAUUUUGUUUUAAUUUUUUUGGCCUGUUUGUGUAAAACAGGCUAUCAUUAGGCAACUAAUUUAUUUAAUAAUCAAAAUUUAGUUAUUUUUUUUCCAGUGAUAUUGCCAACCCAAUUAAGAAAAGUGUUUCAGCGGUUAUGAUGGUUAAUUUGUAAGAAAAAAAAACUCAAACAAUUUCUAUGUAUUGUGUCCGAAAGUGAAUUUGUGAAUGUUGAAUGAGUGUUAUUUUUUUAAAAAUGAAAUUCUUAUGCUCCUAUUGUUGGGGGUCAUUUCUAAUCGAUUAAUUUUUAGGUUUAAAAUUGAAAUAAAUAAAUGUCAAACCAUAA